UCUUUAUCCAUGUCCUUGUUGUCUAAAGUCUUUACUUUGCAACCCACUGUUCGAUUUCAUUCUACUACUGCUUUUUUAAAAGAUUUUAUGACCACUCAAGAAAAAGGCCCUAUUCAACUCUCGAUUGAAUCAAAGAUUACAGAUGCUUUGCAUCCUACCAUCUUGGAGACUGUGAAUGAAUCUCAUUUACACGCUCACCAUGCUGCCAUGAAAGGCAACACCAACAAAGAAACACACUUCAAAGUUACUGUUAUUUCUGAUGAAUUCAAGGGCAAGUCUUUGAUGCAACGCCAUCGCUUGAUUUACAACCUACUUAACGAUGAACUCCAAAACAAGGGUUUACAUGCCUUGACACUCAAGACAAAGACACAAGCAGAACUUGAACAAUAAAGAUUUUAUUUUU